AUGCUGAUAGAACUAGGAAUCCAAUCUGUGGAAAUUUUAGGAGAUUCCAUGCUUGUCUUGAAACAGAUUGCUGGGGAAUACAAGUGCCUAAGUCCUUCUCUAGCUGUCUACUUGGUGGCAGCUAGGAAUCUUCUGACAGAAUUCAAAAAAGCUACUUGGGAGCAUAUCCCAAGGGAACAAAACUUUGCAGCCAAUGAAUUGACUCAGAAUCAUCAAGAUAGGAAGAAAAGCCUACCAUCUGUUCUGACCAGGGGGAUGGAAAUAGAUGUCAAUUCUACCUUAAUCACUGAAAAUGAUUGGAGAAAUCCUAUCAUGACUUACUUACGAUAUCCAACCCUGCCCUCUGAGAAGAGAGUCAGAAUCAUGGCUUUGAACUACCUUAUGUGGAAUGAAUAUUUGGUCCGAAAGAGUAAGGAUGAGGUACUUUUAAGGUGCCUUGGAAAGAAAGAAUACAUGAAAGUCAUGGGGGAAACUCAUGAAGAAAUCUGUGGAGCUCAUCAAGGAGGAAGGAAAAUGUGCUGGUUGAUCAGAAGAUCGUCACCUCCAACCAUGAUGAAAGAUUGUGUUGACUAUUCCAAGGGAUGUGAAUCUUGUCAAAGGCAUGGCCCAAUCCAGUAG